UUAGGCACCGAACACCACCAGGACAGAGAGGAAAUCCACAUCUGUGGGACGCUCCGCACGGAACCACCUCCAGCGAGGGAGGCCAGGGGACUGCAGCACCGAGAUGAAGGGCUAGACUGAGGGAACGCUGCUCAUGCGACGGCCGGGAGCGCCUGCGAGCUGGAUCUGGUGGAGGAUGCUGCGGCAGGUGCUUCGCAGAGGGCUCCAGUCGUUCUGCCACAGGCUGGGCUUGUGCGUGAGCCGGCACCCGGUCUUUUUCCUCACCGUGCCCGCAGUCCUGACCAUCACCUUCGGCCUCAGCGCGCUCAACCGCUUCCAGCCCGAGGGCGACCUGGAGCGCCUGGUCGCUCCCAGCCACAGCCUGGCCAAGAUCGAGCGCAGCCUGGCCAGCAGCCUUUUCCCCCUGGACCAGUCCAAAAGCCAGCUCUAUUCGGACUUACACACCCCUGGGAGGUAUGGCAGGGUGAUCCUCCUCUCCCCACCCGGGGACAAUAUUUUGCUCCAGGCUGAGGGGAUCCUGCAGACCCACCGAGCCGUGCUGGAAAUGAAGGUGAACCACAAGGGCUAUAAUUAUACUUUUUCCCAUCUGUGUGUGUUGAGAAAUCAGGAUAAGAAAUGCGUGCUGGAUGAUAUUAUUUCAGUGCUAGAGGAUCUCAGGCAGGCUGCCGUCUCCAAUAAGACAACAGCCAGGGUGCAAGUGAGGUAUCCCAACACUAAAUUAAAGGAUGGGAGGAACAGUUUUAUUGGACAUCAACUGGGCGGGGUAGUGGAAGUGCCAAACAGCAAAGACCAGCGGGUCAAGUCGGCCAGAGCCAUUCAAAUCACCUACUACCUCCAGACCUAUGGCUCUGCCACCCAAGACCUCAUAGGGGAGAAGUGGGAGAAUGAGUUCUGUAAGCUUAUGAGAAAGCUCCAGGAGGAGCAUCAAGACCUCCAGCUCUACUCUUUAGCAUCCUUUAGCCUCUGGAGAGACUUUCAUAAGAUCAGCAUCCUGGCCAGAAGCAAGGUCCUGGUGAGCCUCGUGCUGAUCCUGACCACAGCCACCCUCUCCAGCUCCAUGAAGGACUGCUUGCGCAGUAAGCCCUUCCUGGGCCUCCUGGGGGUGCUCACGGUGUGCAUCUCCAUCAUCACCGCAGCAGGGAUCUUCUUCAUCACCGAUGGAAAGUACAACUCCACCCUGCUGGGAAUCCCGUUCUUCGCCAUGGGUCAUGGAACUAAAGGAGUGUUUGAGCUUCUGUCUGGAUGGCGGAGAACCAAAGAGAACUUGCCCUUCAAAGACAGGAUAGCAGACGCCUAUUCUGAUGUGAUGGUCACCUACACCAUGACCAGCUCCCUGUACUUUAUCACGUUUGGCAUGGGUGCCAGUCCAUUCACAAACAUCGAGGCUGUGAAGGUCUUCUGUCAAAACAUGUGUGUCUCCAUUCUGUUGAACUACUUCUACAUUUUCUCCUUCUUUGGCUCCUGUCUGGUCUUUGCUGGCCAACUAGAGCAAAACCGCUACCACAGCAUCUUUUGCUGUAAAAUCCCUUCUGCAGAAUAUCUGGAUCGUAAACCUGUGUGGUUCCAGACAGUGAUGAGUGAUGGGCAUCAACAGACCUCCCAUCAUGAGACAAACCCCUAUCAGCACCACUUCAUUCAGCACUUCCUCCGUGAACAUUAUAAUGAAUGGAUUACCAACAUAUAUGUGAAGCCCUUUGUCGUCAUCCUCUAUCUCAUUUAUGCUUCCUUCUCCUUCAUGGGGUGCUUACAGAUCAGUGACGGAGCCAACAUCAUCAAUCUACUAGCCAGUGAUUCACCAAGCGUUUCCUAUGCCACGGUUCAGCAGAAAUAUUUCAGCAACUAUAGCCCUGUAAUAGGAUUCUAUGUAUAUGAGCCCUUAGAGUACUGGAACAGCAGCGUCCAGGAGGACCUAAGAAGACUCUGUAGUGGAUUCACUGCAGUCUCCUGGGUGGAGCAGUACUAUCAGUACCUGAAAGUCAGCAACAUCAGUGCCAGUAACAAAAGUGACUUCAUUAGUGUCCUGCAAAGCUCAUUUUUAAAAAAGCCAGAAUUCCAGCAUUUUCGAAAUGAUAUCAUCUUCUCCAAGGCAGGGGAUGAAAACAACAUCAUUGCUUCUCGCUUGUAUCUGGUGGCCAGGACUAGCAGAGACAAGCAGAAGGAAGUCAUAGAAGUGUUGGAAAAGCUAAGACCCCUAUCCCUCUCAAAGAGCAUCCGAUUCAUCGUGUUCAACCCCUCCUUCGUCUUCAUGGACCACUACAGCUUGUCUGUCACAGUGCCUGUUCUGAUUGCAGGCUUUGGUGUUCUCCUGGUGUUAAUCCUGACUUUUUUCCUAGUGAUCCACCCUCUGGGAAACUUCUGGCUAAUUCUUAGCGUCACCUCAAUUGAGCUGGGCGUUCUGGGCUUAAUGACCUUAUGGAACGUCGACAUGGAUUGCAUUUCUAUCUUGUGCCUUAUCUACACCUUGAAUUUCGCCAUUGACCACUGUGCACCACUGCUUUACACAUUUGUACUAGCAACUGAGCACACCCGAACACAAUGUAUAAAAAGCUCCCUGCAAGAGCAUGGGACAGCCAUUUUGCAAAAUGUUACUUCUUUUCUUAUUGGGUUAGUCCCCCUUCUAUUUGUGCCUUCGAACCUGACCUUCACACUGUUCAAAUGCUUGCUGCUCACCGGGGGUUGCACACUUCUGCACUGUUUUGUUAUUUUACCUGUGUUCCUAACGUUUUUCCCCCCUUCCAAAAAGCACCACAAGAAAAAGAAACGUGCCAAGCGAAAGGAAAGAGAGGAAAUUGAAUGCAUAGAAAUUCAAGAGAACCCUGAUCAUGUCACCACAGUCUGAGGGGUAUAGACCAAUGGAUUAUUUUUGUUUUCCAGUAUUGCACAACGAUGCAGGGCAAGUAAAGCUCAGACCUCAGCUGCUUGGGCUGGCCAGGGGUAACAAGGCAAGUCAGACCAAGAAUGCAUUAUUCAUGCCAUGUCAAGGUGUCUGCUUCUUGGGGGGAAGAGGGAAUAAAAAAGAAGGGAAAAGUUCUUUGCAAUCUUGUUCUCUGCUAAAAACAAGUUUCUGGAUGUAAUCUGAGAGUUCUUCCAAGGAAUGGAAGAAUCAAUGGAGUGUUAAGAUAGCAGGCCAAAAGAACCAACUGCUUUUUAAAAAUAAAAUGCUUAGGAGCAAUGGAGAAGCAAGGAAAGGUGUCCUUCAAAUAAGGAGAAAGACAUAGGAAAUGCCAAAAUUGCCAAGGCACUUUUCAUGUUUGUUUUUGAACAGGUUAGUCAAAGGAAACCUAUGCACUUGGGAAGUACAUAUUUAAUACUGUCUAAACCAAAGGACUUCCCAAUCCACUUUAUGUGUACAUAUAUAUGUAUAUAUCCCAUAUAUACAUAUACUUAGAUUUGUCUUUAGUGUACAUUGACGUUUAUGUGGAGGAAGGUGUCCAUUUGCAGAUAGGAUGGUCUUUCCCUAGAAAGUCAAAUCAACCUUAGCCAAAUAUAUAGACUCAUUAACAGCCAUUCUAAAUCAACCCAAGUGUCUCAGCAGUGUCAUUCAACUGUGGGAUGAGCAAAAUAAACAGAUAUGAGUUCGUUAGAUUAUGCAUAUUAUGUCAUCAUCAGUCAUCUAGACUUUUGCUUUGGAUGACUUAGCAAAAAAAACACAAAAUGUAUUUGAAUUAAUUGCUAAUGGACAAGGUUUACAGUUUCAUAUCAGAAAUAAAGAGUUGACAUGGAUUAUCAUUGGCUUUUACUGUAUUUGGAAGGCAGAUAUGGCUGCUUUCAGUGAGUUCACCCAACCGCAAAUGAGCACUUUACAGAUUAUCCAUACAGGUGUCUAAGGGUGCACCAGUAUGUGUAUGUGAGUUGGGGUAUUCCAUAGUUAUACCGUUCGUAUUUUAGAUAGGGAAAUUAACUGCCAUGGAAUAUGGAUAAUUAACAUAGGAGAAAGGAGAGACAUAACUAGGGAAACUCGUAGAGUGAAAUAGAGUAAAAUGGGCCAUACCCACUCAUCACACGCCAUCUACUGGUUCUUAGUGUAAGGAAACUAUUCUAAUCUUAUAAACUCUAGUAUAUUCCUUGCAUUAGUAUUUGGAACAUAAUCCAGGCCAUGAUCACCAUAGUAGUGGUCACUAUACCUACUGCAGUAUCAUUCUGUAGCUUCUUACAAUAGCGUUGCUCUUGCUACCUGGAAAGUGCUCCUCAGUUGGCCCACCUCCUAGGGUAAUCACAGCUCUCCACAGGUGGCAUAUUAACUGUAACUGCUGCUGAAUUCUUUCUCAAACAAAAGUACUGAGGUAAAUGUUUUCCUUAAGUUAAAGUUUAAAACUACUCCCAAGCAGAUGGACUGGUUGGGUGCUUACUUGAACUAACGCUGUGCUUCCUGUCACAGAAAAUUACGAGAAAAUGCCUUUUCCCAUGCCAAGCAGUAACAUAAUUUAUUUCCAGGUAGGACAGAAUAAAUGUCCAGUGAUUAAAAAAUCUGCUAGUAAGCUCUUUUACCUAGAAGAAAGCUACUGUUUCCCAUCAACUUUGUUUCUAUAUUUUAAUCAAAUUAAUAAUAUCUAAAAUAAUGAAACUCCUUGACUCAAUUAUGCUCAGAAAAAAGAUACGAACCAUUUCAUUCUUGUUAUCGUCACUGGAAAUGAAGUUGGUAAACUAAUGAAGUUACAAAACAAGUGUACUUAGACAUAUAGCUUUCCAGAAUAUAAAAGGGAAAGGGAAUAGUCCCUAAAAUGAAAACAUUUAAGCAGCAUUUUAUUUAUUAAAUGGAGUUUGCUUUGUUUUGCCUUGAGGUAAUUGGGUUUCAACAGGAAAUGAUCCAUGUCUUCUCCAUUGUGUCAAUUUGAGUGCAAUAUCUAUAGAUUUCAUAACCAGAGGGUUUUUGUUUUUAUGUUAUUUGUAAAAUCAUGUCACAAAUACCCCUAGUCUUUGGCCUCACGAACUGCUGUGCUAGAAUGAACUGGCAUUUGGUAUGACUAGCCUCCAGACCAUGAUCUCGUAUCUGAAGUAGAAGUUUCUGAGAUUUUUGGUUUGGGUUUUGAUUUUUGUUUGGGUGAGGGUUUUGUGGUGGGGGUGCAGGGAGGAGAAGAAUUCCUCUUACAGAUUGCCCAUCAUUUGUAAAGAUUUUUGUUUUUUGGCGUCCCUUGCAAAACAUGGGAGAUAAUUGUUUAGAAAGUUCAUUAUCUAUCACUCCUUUUCUUCCCACUGUGUGCCACGCUCCACUCAUUCACCUAUUUUUUAAAAGACUGGAUAUUGCAGUUAGUUUUUUGUUGGUUCCUAUAGACCAUUCCACAUGCAAAGAAGAUUGGCAGGCUGAUUUAGAGAAAGAAUCAAACACACUGGUUGUCAAACGCAUGUGAAGGAUAUGGCAUAUCCUGCAAAACGACCAGGCAGUGCUAAUGUUACAUUUCCAUCCAGAUAGUCUCUAUUUGGAUAGGGAGAAACAGUUCUUUUUUUUUUUUUUUUUAGUUUAUGUCUUCAAGAAUCAAAGUGUCUAAGAUAAAUAUGAAUUUCUCGUUUGAGUGACUAACUAGAGGGCAUUUUGGAAGGAACAUUAUCUUUUCCAGGACACAGUAGUUCUCUUUAGUGAACUGUAGCAAUAAUUUACUGAAAUGGAAUCCUUUGUUCUGGAAGAGUUAAUAUACCACCUAAAAUGCCUUAACUCAGUCCUAGGAAGUAAUUUAAUACUAAGAAGAAUCUAACAGAGCAUCAUCUGACCUCCGCACCUCACUGUGAAACAGAUGUUUUCAAGAAUUCCAUUUCCUGAAUGCUAAGAUAUAUAAGAUAUAUCCUAAGAUAAGAGAUUAUGAUUUGCAGGUCACACCCAAUCUCAACCUUUUUUGGCAGCUUCUGUGCCCCUCUCUAGUUUUUCACGUUUGCACUCAUUGUUUUGUUUAUUUGUAAAGUACUAAUGCCGUUUAAGAUUAAGAACUUAUCUAUUGUCAGCAGAUAACCAGUCAACUCCUAGAAGAGGAGAAAUGUGUGGGAAAUAUGUCAGCUUUGUGUAAUAUUUUAUUUAAUUGAAAUAUGUAUGCCUCUAAAGUAAGAAGUUUGAAAAAAGCACUCCUUUUCUGUAUUUAAACUGGAAUGUGGAUUUAUUUCCUUCCAUCAGAAUUUAAAUUUGGAUUAGAGCGUACCAUGUGAGCUCCACUCUCUUUGAUGUCAUAAACUUCAAAAAGGUAUUCACCUAAUUACAGAAAGAGAUCAGCUCAAAGUUAGAUUCUUAACUCCUUAUGGUUAAAGGUAAUCAUGUGUUAGACCAGGCUUAAUUCUUUUUAAUGAAAGUCAUGUUUAGAUACUUUCCCAUGAAUUUUUGCAGUGGCUUUGAACCUCUUUGAAGGUUGUGCAUAAGUAUUCUAUGAAAGAACUAUUCUCCUCUGUCGUUGUAUCAUGUUAAUGGCUCUUUCCUAUUUGAUUCCCAUUUAUUUCCACAGAAUUUAGAUUUUUUAGCCUUGUGAGGUGAGAGGAAUAAUGCUAACAAGUGAAGUUUUAUGAUGCUAUUAUAGUUAUUCUUGAAUGUUGAAUUCAAGAGAGUAAAAGCUUUGUUUAUUUUGCAAUUAUCUACUACACUUUCCAUAAUAAGCUAAUCCUUCUUGGCUUGUGGUUAGAGCUAGGGAUUAACUAUUGCCAUUUGGAAUUACAUGUAUUUUUAUAAGUUGACUGUAAAUUUCAUAAUUACAGUCACAUAUUUUUUAUGACCAAAUAGUUAUGAAUGCACGGCACUAUGCAUGCAUCAUUAUUAAUAGUAUGUAGAUUAUUAAAGACACUAUUUUCAGAGUUAUUGCAACUUUUAUUAAAAUUCUUACAUCAUCUAUUCAUAAAUGCCUCAUGGCUUUUGGUCCCAUGGGCCUAAAGUCCAAGAAAGUUCCAUCCCAAGGUAAACAAUUUAAGAAUUGCCUUCCCUGGGUAUCAGUAGCAGUCAUCUCUUCUAGAAUGGCCUUUGGAAAAUCCCAGAAGCCAAAUCUGGCUUCCAGGCAAAGGGCCUAGCAUAUUCUGUAUUGGUUAGUAAAUAAAUAUACUGUUUUUGUCUUUCUUAUGGUGAAGCAGGGAAUAUAAUGCCUCGAGAAUGGCAUUUAGAUACUGUCUUUUAGAGAUUGGAGAAUUCAACGAUUUGUUCCACAUCCUACCAGAGGAAUCUUUCUGUUCAGUCUGGUUUGCUGGUGUCUGAGAAUGGUAUUGGCAAUCUUUGCAAAAAAUGAAUCUGAAAACUGUUACUUAUUUUUAAAAAGCCUCAGAAGCACUUUUCUUCCCUUUAAAAAAAAAAAAAAAGGUUUUGGUUUUGCUUUUUCUGGAUUACCAAAAUUUUGUAACAACUUUAUAACAUUGACGCAGAAUAUAUUUAUGGUUGAAUUGGUAUGCCCUUGAUAUCUCCUCAUCUUCAAUCUCAAUAUAAAACUGAAAAUCAUCACUGUGGUGCAGACCUUUACACUAAUAUUUUUAGGCAAUGGUGUGCAGAUAUAUUGUAUAGGGAAAAAUCAAAUUUUUUACUACUUUGCCUGCAAAAUAACUGCAAUGAUAUUGACCCAAAUGAAAGCAGCAAAAUCGUAAGUGAAAGCCACAAAGCCUCAUUGCAUGAGGUCCAUCAGGGUAGGGACUGUGUAUGGGUACAGUAGCAGUAAAUUACCUUGACUUCUCAACUAAAGGACCAAGGUUCAUGCACCAUCAUAUUUUACUUAGGAUCACAAGAGGUGGUGUUCUGUGUCUGAGGUGUUGUGGAGUUAGAGCAGACAACAUUUGAAAUGAGACUGGAAGAUUAUUGAGAGAUGAGCCCACAUCUCAGAAAUCAAGAUGUCUGUAAGUAGGUGUGAUAGAACCAGUGGAAUAAUACCACAUAUUCUGUGAUUUAGAAUACAGCAGAGAGAAUCAUGUGGUGUCACAAAAUUAUAGAUUGCCAACUGCUAGCAAACUUGAUCAUAGGCAAAUACAUCACAUUUGAAGACUGUGUUCUCGUUUAUCAAAUUCAUAACCUAAUCUUUGCUGUAGGAGGUGCUCCUGAAUUUCUAAGCACAAAGGAAGAGCCAUGGACUGUUUUGUUAGUAAAAGUGAAAAGCUAGGGAGACUCUGAAAAGCAGCUUUAAUUAAGCACCCCGAUAGGUAUCAUUCAUUCCCAGAGUGACUCUCAUCAUUGACUAGAUUUUGUGAGUCUUUAACUCACUUUCUCUGAUCAGUUUUUUUUCCAUACUUAAUGAGGACUUCUCUGUUGCUGAUAAAGAAGCCACUUACUUUUCUUAAGAAAUGAAAAACAAUUCCAAAGAGCAAUAUACAGGGUUAAGUAUAUAUUUAUAGUAUAGCUUGCUAGUCUACAAAUCACAUUUUAUGUCUUCUGCAUCUCUAACCAUGUCAAAAUUAAAUGGGCUUAUACUUCAAACUGAAAACCUUAAACUUAAACUGAAACCUCUAGAAGGUAGAUAUUUUUAAUGUAAUGAAGUGUUUAUAAAGAAAACCAUCACUGAUUUUGCACUAUCUUAAAUUAUAGAAAGCCAGCUCCUACUAUUUUUCCCCGCUUGAAAAUUUCCCUUAAGAAAGAUCUCACAGGUCAUGAUAAUUACGAAGUCUUAAAAAUCAUAAGAAAACUUAAGGAACAGAGUAGGAAUCAACCACUGAUGAUGUGUCAUUCCUGCUGUGUAUGACAUGAUUGUACUUAUCUGAGAUGAGGUUUUUAGAAGUCAUUUGUAACUGGGCUCUGGUUUCCCAACAGCUAAUGACAAUGUCUGAUAGAGGAGCAUUACUGUUUUUUUCUUUCCCUUUGUUGAGACAGUUUGUAGAGUAAGCAUGUUACCCACAGGGCUCUGUCAAACGGGGGGGGGGAGGGGGGGCGGGGGUGGAAAUCUAAUGCAUUGAAAGAUUGCAUUGAAGAAUUUUCUAGGAAUAACUACGAGAGACUCUCAUGGAGGAAAGAUUAGUGGAGUUUAAUAAAAAUGUAUAACUUUUCAGUGCUAUGUAAAUUUAACAUAUUCUUAGUAGAGGCAGUCUACAGUAUGUUAUGGGGAGCAUUUAAAUUAUCUAAUGUAAUAUCGUUACUAGAAUCUCUCCCUGGACACUGAAACACGUUCUAUCAUUUUAUCUGAGGAAUUCACUGUUGGUAGCACACCGAUAGAGCUGGAAAAAAAAAUAACAGGCCCUCAUAUUUUUGCAUCUCCUGGUACAGUCUGCAACAUCUAUUUCAAGUAGAAUAAGGAAAUUCGGGCAUCUUUUUUCACAAACAAAAAAUUGUGCUAUGAACUGAUAAAUUAGACCUCAAACUGGCCAAUGCAAAGAUUCCAAUGUUUUAGUAGAGUUUCAGCACCAACUUUAUUAUACUUUCCUGUUCAUUAUGCAUAUUUUUCAGUAACGGACUGUUUUGCUCUUAACUAGGAAGUCUGUCACAGAUUGAAAAGGGCAGAGAUCUCUCUAAGCUACCUCAUAAGGGUAUUUAAAGAAAAAAAUGACACGCAAUCUUUGAUUAAAUGGAAAUAUGUUAAAGCCACAAAGCAAUAUUAUUUAUCACCUUUCCUUGAUGUUCAUUCACUUUAUCAAAUUAGACAAGGCAAAAUGUAAAAUGAGCACUCCUCUAUGCAGUCCCACAUUCUGGUUAACAAAAUAUUCAUUAAUAUAAAAUCUCUCAGGGCAGUUGUCAGUUGUCUCUCUACAGAUAUCUCAGAGCACAAAAAUUGACUCAGAAAGACAGUAAUCUGACUUUACGUAGAGGCAGUGGCCUACCUAGUAAGAUGCACAAAUAAUCUAUGGAUAACUUCGGAAAAAAUUCCAAGUGCAUUUCACUUAUCACUUUUCUUGGAGGAAAAAAUCUGCUUAUGUGUUUGUUUAUUUAUUUGUUUAAUUAUUCUAGGCAAAUAGAAAGAGACAAAAUUACCAUUAUUUGGCAUUUUACUUAAGUUUUCUUUUCCUCUGGAAGGCAUUGCUAUUAUUUUCUGAUAAAUUCAGGUUUUUAAAACACAGGUCACUUAUGGAAACAUUAGCAUCAAUGAAAAGAAAACCCCUAGGAAGAAACAGGCUUCAUCCAUGAAUAGGCAAACUGUAGGAAUUCAAGUAAAUGUUAAGCAUUUUUAUUUUUUUUCCUAAAACAAAAACCCCCUUGUUCUUAAUCCUAGCUAGACAAAAUUUCUAAUUUCUACAGCAAAGAAAGAUGACUAAAUGUAUGAAAUUAUGAAAUUUUGAUGUAUUAACACUACAAACCUCAUGGCAAACCACCAAUUCCAGAUGUCUUUACCCAAAAGAAUAUUUUUUCUAAAAUGCUCUAUUACAUAUAGGUUCAUCACAUUCAUGAAAACGGCUUCAUUUAUCAUGCCCAAAAUACUACAAACAAAGCCAUUAUAGCUUUCUGCUCUGUAGUGCUGUACCUUGGGCUCCACGACUAAAGCUACCUUACUGAGGAAAGCUUAAAAACGAAUUUUGGACAAAAGUGUCAAAUCAAAAAAAAAUUACCUAAGUUGUAUUUCCAUCCAAAAAAUCUGUGAAAUAGAAGACUGUUGUGUGGCCAUUUUAGAUCUCACCAAGAAGAAAAUAUUCUAAAAGUACUCAUUUCGGAUCUUACUAAGAACCAAAACCAAAAGUCCUUCCAAAGUUUCCAAUUCACUUGAAUUUGGUCCAUUAUCAAAACUUACCUCUAUGUUGAUAAGUGAAAAAAAUAGUUUGUAAACCAGGUUUUUCUUAACUAUAACAGAAACAAAUAAAGAACAAGUUAUUUCCCAUAGAUUUGAAUGUAUAAACAUACAUUUAAUAAUUAAAUGAAUCUCAUACCUUGGUCAAGGGAAAUUAUGUUCCAAAUAUUUAUUUGUUCUGUUUACCAUUAUUUUCAUAGUUUGGACACAUUGAAAUACAAUAAUUUUAGUUAAAUUGCUCAGAAUUGCUCUGCAUAAGAUAUUUAUUAUCUAGAGCUUAAAGGUAAAAAUCUUAAGAAAAAUAGCAAUUAAAUCUUAGCUACCUGGAAAACAAUGUGAUCAACGUUGUAUUUACUACAAUGCCACUAGGCAAAGUUAAACACAGCAUUUCUGGCUAUCUUGACUUUUUAGUUUAACAAAAGAAAUCUAGUUCCAUUCGUUAUAAUAAGAAAUAAUUUAUAUAUUAAAAUAGCGAUAAAUUAUAUGUGUAUAUAUUCUAUAGUUCUUAGGGUCAUAUACGAGGUCUUUUAAAAUCACAACCUCAAAUGCUGUAAAAGCUAGGUGAUUCUUAAAUUCACCAGACUUUCCUUCACUUUUUUAUUGAUAUUAUUAAAUGUCACAUGGAAUAUCAUAAUAUGCAACUUAUUCCUCUUACUUCAGUGAGAUCUUCAAGUGUGCUACCUUUUCGGGAAAGAUUUUUCUAGGCUACGAAUUAAACUUCCUAAACAAAGCAUCUUAUAACAUCACAAUGUAAAAUAACAUAAUCUAUGUUUUUUUAGUCUUUUAUUGAAUCACAUGUUCUAUAAUGUAAAUCUUUAUCCUUUAAACCUUUAAGAAUACAUACAUUAAAAGUAAUACUGUGAUAAUAUAUAUCAAUUAUCUCUACAUGGUUAAGAUAAAGCAUUCUGAAGCAAAUACAAAAUGUCUUAGCAUUCCUGAGAGGUAUUUUUAUGAAUCCUUACAUUCACAAGUAUCUCUUAAACACGAAAAUUACUAAAGUAUUACUAAAAGAUUUAAAUAGCACUUUAAGACCCCUUAAUAAUUACAUUACCUUCAAAUCUAAAGCAAUUUAUUAUCAGGUCAAAUAAAUUCUACCUAAAAUUUCUCACUGCAUUACAUUGCAUUAUUGUAGUAACAUUAGCUGUAAAAAUACUUGAACCAACAUUUUUCUCACCAUAUGAGAGCUGCAGAUUAUGGAGACAAUGAAUAAGCCAGCUGCUAUUCAGUAGUACCCAGGGAUUACUCACAAAGCACAUUCCUUUGGCUGCACGCUUUACAGCUUCAAGCCUGGGCAUAAUUGUUCAUGGGCUGUCAGCACCACUUCUAAGUCACUAAAGUCAAUAAUGUUAAAUAUUUCAGUAUCUAAGUCGACUGUAUUUUGAUGAAUAAGGUUGUGGCAUUAUAAAUAAUGCAUAGAUAACCAACAUUCAAAAUAUUUAAAUUCACCUGAUGCCAAAAAUAUACUUAAACAAUUUAAUAUUUCACAACCCACUUCAAAAGCUUUGUCAUUGCAAAGCUUUCCUCAUUAUUGACAUAUAAUGAGGAGACAAAAGAAGUCUUAGUAAUAUUUCAUUUUAUGUAGUUUUCCAUAUGCUUUCUUAACAGGGAUGCCUUUAUGUCUUUCGUGGAAAUGUUUGGACUUAUUCAAUAGCCAUUUUCCUGUCUAAUUUUAGUACUGUAAUCAUUAAUUUUAUUCUGCUUUUUCCCUUUGUUUAAAUAUGUUCAACUUUUAUCAUUUCUAAAGUAACUUUUUCUUAGCGUAAUUAAAACAUGUUUUCUCUUUUACAUAAAAAUAAGCAUGGCUAGAAAGGAAUGAAAUACAAAUUUAGCAAAAUACUAUUCAUUGUCACUUAUAUGUGCUUCAAGUUGAAAUUCUCCACUGAUUUUAUUUUUCCAGCUGAUAUGGAAAACUAUGCAUUCUAUGUCUGCUUUGCAGAUAUUCAAUAAAUCACUAUUCACUGAAGAAAAAUAUAACUUCUCCAGCUUCUGACUUGUUUGCUCAUGACCUAAUGAAAAGGAAGUUAUUUAAUAAUCCCCAUCUUUGAGAGCCCAUAUUCAGAAGCUUUUGUUGUUAUUUUGUUUUAUUUUUUAGAAUUUUCCUCUGUAGCCAGUUACAUAGGAAUAAGGCCCCAUACAAAGGAAGAAUUUCAGGUUUAUUGAUAACUGUCCUUUCCAAUAAGUUAAAAUGCUAGAGCCUAGAACUAUGCACAUCUUGAUAGUAAAACAAAGAGGAAUGUGAUCUAACAUUUAAAAAAAAGGGUGAUUUUUUUUAAAAAAAGGUAAGUGAGAAAAAUUUUUAAAACAAAUCUAAAACUAUUAAAGAAGGGACUAAACAACUCAACUAAAACAUUUUUGUUUUAUUUGGUUUUUGUUUGUUUGUUUAGUUUGGCUUUUUAAAAAAAAUAAACACAUUGGAAAGUUUCAGAAAAAUCCUACCAUAUCUAAGUCUCCAAAAGUGUGUUACUCUUUAAAAAGAUAGAACUAGAAAUUAAGUCCCAUUUUAGGAUCAAGAUUUGCUAUGGAUGGGUUUCUGAAGUACCCCUAGAUUGCUUGGGAUUUUAUAUAUUUACUCACCACAUAUUUAGGAGAACCUACAUUAGUCUCUAUGCUAGGCUUUGAAGAAAAUACCAGUAAACCAUUCAUAGUUCCUGACUUUGAGGUAUGUGUGAUCUGUUGAGGAAAUCUGCAGCUUGAGUAUUCAAGGAAAUUAAGGAAAGAAUUAUGAACAAUCCACAUUGAAGCCUAUAAGAUUCUAAAAGAUAGAGCGGAGGAUGGGCACGAGAGUCUGGGAGAAAACAUGAAAUAUACAAGGGCAGGAAAGCAGGUUGUCCAGGAUGAAGGCAAUAGCAGAUGAGAUGAUAGGAACCCAGAGGAGACUGGUUACAAACAGGAAUAAAAAGGAAGAGCUUAUUGUGAGUGGUUUUAUAAAGAAUUGCCAGGAUAUGGAGAGUUAUCUGGAGCUGAGAGAGGGAUCAUAAAGAAAAGGUUCUUUUUAUGAUAUAUUCUGGGGCUUAAAUGCAGUGAAUCGAUUAUAAAAUAUAAAUACACAGUCCCCGUUUUUGUAUUUUAUCUGUUAAAAUCAAGGAUCCCAAAACUCAGCAAUAUCACAUAAAUUUAUAAUCUCUCUUGCUUAGAAAUGUAGUGGGUGCAGGAGCCAGUUUAUCGCAUGAGUUUGAUUCUCCUGAUGAUGGAACAUCAUCCAUGUUUUGGCACAAAAGCUGACAGCCAACUGGUCAUCUCAUAUACACCCGGUGUCCCUCAAAGUGCAAGAGUAAGAAACUGUCAUGGAUUGCUUGGAACCCAAACUCUCCAAAACCGACAGCUCAAACGAAUACACUCCAAUUAAUUAUCUCUGUUAAUAUUAUUUUUAUUAACAAUUCAAAUAAUACCUGCAUAAUAGCAUAGGUAUUAUUGUCUCUGCUAUAUAGAUUGUUUCAAGAAAGAAAACACUGUAAACAAGUAGUAUGUCCCUAAGGUAAAAUACAUCAUCUUUUCAUCAUAAAUCAGUACGAAAGGUGCAUGUAUAGAGAAGUUCAACUGCAAACUACAAGUGAUGAAAAAUAACUGCAUAGAUUUUCUCCCCUGCCUAUCCUUUUCUAAAUGCAAAUUAAUUAUAAGACAAUGCGUUUGUUAAAUUGCCUACAACUAUUUUUUAAAUUCACUUCCUUAUGAUGUGAAUUCACUUAAGCUUUCUUUGAAGAUCACAUAAGGUACAUAUGCACAUAGUUUUUAAGCAUAGACCUAGCUGAUGUAUGCAUUACCUUGUCCUUUUUUAUAAAGUUUUAAUUAUAAUAAGUGGGGCUCCCCAAAAUCAGCAACCAGAUUACAAGGAUAUUUGGAGGAAUAUAUUUUAAUCUUUAAACCUGAAAUAAGCACUUCCUAUUUAUGCUAUUUAGAGUUGUAGAUAAGGUUGGAAUUGGCCUGGGGAGGCCCCAUUUUGUGACUGGUUCAUGAGGAAGACAUCUCUUCACAAAGUAGAAUGGAGAUAAAUCCACCAACCAGGUGGUCAUAGGAGACCAUGGUCUCCUAUGAGAUAUUUUGGAUAAUCCCAGGAGUAACAAAGCUAGUGGCUCCCGAAAUUUGCUGUACUUUAGAAUGACCUAGAGAAUAUUUAAAGUCUCAAUGCCCAGACUUCAUGCUCACUACUUAAAUCAGUAUAUCUUGUAGUUAAACUCAGCCUCAGUAUUUCGGGGAACUCCCCUAGUGAUGCCAAUAUGUAGCUAAAUUCAAAAAACAGUGGCUUAGACAACAGAGUCAACACAUUUAAUCCAAUAAAUACUGAUAAGAGUCUUUUAUUAAGUGAAGUUUUUAGCAAGUCAGAAGCAGAGGCAUCUAUGGCAUCUAUAACUAAAAUAUAGGCCAGAACUUGUACAGAGUCCAAAAGGGGGUAUCCAGCGGGUAGAGAGAUGAUUUCUAGUAGAGCCAAACCUAGUAAGAGUGCAUUGCGUUAAAAUAGCACUUAAGAUGAGGUAAGAUUAUUGGCCUGAGCACCCCAUGUGACAUGAUGAGCCUGAGCAAAGCCCAUAAAGAAACAAAAGCACAGAAUAUGUUCCUGGUUCAACAACCUCAAUUUAGCUUGAGUGUACAUUUCCGGUACAGGAGUUGAAUUUGUACAACCAGAAAUUUUGAUGUAAGAACCUGCAAGCAUUAUGCUGAAGAAUUUGUAUUUGAUUUAAUGUACUCAAAUUACUUUUAUCAUUAUGAUUAUCAUUAGAUUCAAGAUCUAGAUACAAGUAUUAAUCUUCAAUGUUCUAAGCAUAGGUUAGACUGGAGAUGAGAGACCUAGACCAAAGAAUUAAGUUAGGAGGUUCUUGUGGUCAUUACCAGUGAAGGUAAUAUUGGCCUGAAAUAGAGUUGUGGCACUGAAUGUAAAAAGGCAGAAAUAAAUACAAUUCACAAACACAUCUGUAACAUGACCUGAACACCUAAGAACUUUGAGUGUCUGAAACACAAGAAUAUGGUAUCCUAUAACUGAAUAUUCACAUUAGUAAAUUUAAUAUGGUAUUAUAGUAACCAGUUAUGAAUCUUUGUGUGAUCUACUUACUAUAAUACUCUAAUUUAUAGUUUAAUCAUCACAUUCUGUGUUUUUGACAUGCAACAUAAUCCAUUUUUAUAGCAUUUAUAGAGCUUUACCACGAAUUUUUGGGAAAUCACUUUAUCUUUACAGAAUGGCUGAUUUGAUUCUCUGGAAAUCUAACUUGGGAAAAAAUUGGUUGAAUUGGUUCACCAUAUUGUAUCAUUUAAAUGCAGUAAAUAGAAGAUGAGUCAAAUAGGAAGAAACAAAUAUCUUAGGAACAUAAAUAGGUACAUCCAAUCUUUUGUACUUUUCUCCAUGUAAGAUUGUUGGCUACUCAGGUAUAUAUAACUCUUACUUAUAGGCAUGUAUUACAGCUAGAGACGCUACAAUGGUAUCUAGAUUAAUCUACAUAUAUAAACAUCAAUUUAAUUAGAAAAUAAUUAUUCAGAUUUAUUUGCAUUUCAGGGAAUUUAGCAAUUCAGGUGAUUUAUGCUUAGAAACAAAAUCACUGUUUCUCCCACAAUUAGAGAACUGAUCUUCAGACAUCUUCUACAAAAGUUUUGUAUAAGGCACAUACUUUUAUUCUACCAUAAAGAUAUAGUAUUGCAGUGUUUACAUCAGCACUGGGCAAUGAUGGAUAUAUAUGUCAAAUGUAAUUUUUGCAACAUAUCCUUACACAUAGUUGCAUAUUCAUUGGAUGGACUGUCUCUAAUUCAAUACUUUUCCUACAGAAUAAUUGUCCUGUCAAAUAUUUCACACGUCCAUGUUUUUUAACAUUAGCAUUAAAAUCACCAGUGAAAAUAAUCCAUAUGAACUCUUUGUAUUCUUCUACAGUCACAGAACUGAAUUUGAGAAUGAGGAAGCAGAUAACAACUUGAGAAAAUGUAAAGAGUUGUAACUUGGAGCCACAGUGCCAGGCAAUGGGGUCACACAGCAGCUUGAUCAUCCACAUAGCUUUACACAAUGGCCUUUGGGUCAUGACUUUCACCAGGUAGCUUACUCAAAAAAAGAAAAAUUAAUUCUCUAUUAACUCCUUUAUUCACCAAAUCUUUUGCUCAAGAAGAAUUUUAAACACUUUCUAUGUGCCAGGCAUAUAGAGAAUAAAUGCAAAGAGAAAUCAAGGGCAGUCACUACCCAUCAAGAAUUUAAGAAAAGCAAACUAGUAGAUGAGAUAUAUAUAUAUAUAUAUAUAUAUAUAUAUAUAUAUAUCUCAUCUACAUACACACACACAUACACACACACACACCAUUAGAGACACAGAAAACCUUCAAAAAAUCAUAUACAUAUAUAUAUAUAUAUAUAUAUAUAUAUAUAUAUAUCUCAAAAUAAUGGGUGUCAUUUAUGGUGCAGUGAUACUCACACUUGAGCAUGUAUCAAACUUACCUACAGGGCUUCUCAAAGCACAGCCUGCAUGACCCCAUCUCCAGAGUUUCUGAUUCAGUAGAUCUGGAGGGAGUCCUAAAACUUUACAUUUCUAACAAGUUUCCAGGUGAUGCUAAUGCUACUAGUCUGAGGAAACACAUUUCCACUUUGAAAAUCUCUAAAAUUCAAGUUUGUGAAUAGCAGCUGGCGUUCUGAGAGUAGCUGGAUUAAAUCUGUCCAGGGAAGAAGGUGAGGACAAAGGUCAAUUUCUCACUAGGCCUGAAAGGCUGCAUAGUCGAUGUGCAAAGACAUUCCAGGUUGAAGAAAAGAAAUUACCUGAAUUAAGGCCAUACCUGACAAGUCCACCUGUUGGUAGGAAUCACAUGGAAGAAUUUUUAAACUCUUGAAGGGAUGACCUUAGUAAUCUACAUUUGUAAUAAGUUGCUCUAGACAGUCUUUUCAUGAAGAAAAUUUAGGACACAUGGAACUGAAGCAUGGAGUAUAAAAGAAUGUAUCAUUUUCAGAGAAGCCCUGGUAUAGAGUGGUUUAACUAGAACCACUGUAUACUAGAACUAGUAGUCUAUACUAGAACUAGAUUUAUAUAGGACAUGAGUUAAGUUUAUAUUUCUGAUAAUCGGCAAAUGAAAUUUUUAGUACAAGUAUGUUUCAUGCAAUAUUUGGAGUCUACCAUACUAAAAAUACUUGUUUCUCUGAAAUUCAAAUUUAACUGAGCAUCUUGCAUUUUUGCUUGCUAAAUCUCACAACCCUUAGAAUGUAGAAUAUGUGUCAGGUGGAGAAAAGAACCAGAAAUAAUGAGGCUGAAACAAUAUUAUAUUAUUAAGCCAAAUAAUAGUAAUGUACUAUUUUUCAUGUGGGAUAUGCAAAUGUAGCACAUAGCUAAUGAGGCUUAGAUAUCUGAGCCUAUUGCUUACAUACGUCUUUUGAAGGCCUUAGGGACAGUCCUUAACAGUAUGUUCACAUUUUAUGUUUAUAUAAAAUUUUUAAAUGUAUGAUAUUUUUGUAUUCUUUUCCUUAAAAAGGGACUCCAAAAAUGUAUUCACUUCAGGCUCAAGAAAAUUUUGAUCUUCCCCUGCAUGUGGGACCAUCAUACGUAUCAAAUGGAUCACAAAAAUGGUAUUGAUAAAUACCAACUCUUAAGUAGAAAGAUAAGUGCAAUGAAUGCCCAGAGAAUUUGAAGAUCUUUUUGAUCAUAUAUCAUCAAAAACUGCUACUUGAAGUUUAAAUAGCUUCAACACUGGCAAAAUGAAGCCUAUUCUUUGAAUUACCCUCAGUGUGUGAAAUUAAUGCCCCAGGGGCACAGAGAGAAUAUUUCAUUUCCCAGAUAUAAUUGACCAUGGGACAUUAUAUUCAUAGGGUAUCUUGAAGAACUAGUGUUCCAAGGAGAAACAUUGAUAAUGUCGUGUUAGAGAAGCCUAUCUGUGUUACCGAAGGGCAGAUAAGUAUUACAAUUCCAAAGGAAACAGUAUUAAUGGGCCUGUGUGGAAAUCAGUUCUUAUUUUCUAAAUAAUAUUGCUGAUUUCUAGCUAAUCGAGUAAUGUAUAACCUAAUAGAAGACUAGAAUACUUAAAGAAAAAUGACUCAUCAGCAUGGAUUUCAUUUAAAAUAAUACAGAACUAAUUUUUCCCUUUGGUCCCAGUAGAAAUUCAGGUAAAGAGAAGUAAGUAAAUGGAAACCAAGUUAAACCAGACCAAAAAUAGUAAAAUAUGAAGAAAAAAAUGCCAAAUGACCAGGAAGCCAAAUGAAUAAACAGAUUGAUGUUUUAUUUUUCAUUAUCUUGAAAAAUUAUAUAAAUUCUAGAAUAACAGAAAAAUUCUGGUCUUAAAUAAAAGACUCAAAGAAUGUAAUUUCUUGGAGAACUUUAAGGAAGGGAAAAGGGGGAAAUCAGCCUACAGAAAAAGUUUAGUAUGUCUUGAAAAUGGCUGCAAGCAGAUCUUUGGUCCCAGCACCACAGCUAUUAAACUAUGAUAUACACCAGACCCAAGAUAUUUUUUUAAAUGCCAUAAUGUAACAAAAGUAAUGACUGGCAAAACCAAUAAUUCAUUUAAAAAUCCAGACCUCCAAAAGGCCAACUUGGUCACACCUAUACAAUAAAGAAGUGUUGAAACUCCAAUCAGAGUUAUACACAAUAUACAUGUCAAAUAUCUCUUACCAAAUGUUCCCAUAGAUUUUCUUUAUGUAUUAAAUUCAAAUGUGUAGAGUACUUGGUUAUGUUCAAUAACAGGAAGUCACAGCUAAAAGUUGACAAAGAAUAAUUGAUUGGAAGAACUUUUUCAACAACAGGAAAUAUGGGGAGUUACCUAGGAAAUAGAAAAAUAAAACGACAUGAUGAACUAGCCAUAUCAUUCAUUCACUCAUCCAUCCAACAAACAUGGAUUAAGAACCUAUAAUGUGCCGAGUGAUGUACAAAGCCAUGUGAGAGGGACAAAAAAAUUCAAAUUGUUCAGCAGAAUAUCUUAAUGUCUCAUGAAAAGAAGAAAGUAACUAUUUGCUUUCACUGAAAUAUAUGUUAUGAGGCACUGGCAAAACUAGAGUUAUUAUUUGCCUGCUAUUGAUUAAACUGCUAUUGAUCUAAAAAAAAUUAUUCAAAAUUAUUAGUUAACAUUUGGUUUCCAUAAUCAAUAGAAGUUGCUAUACUAACUUUUUUGUUUGUUGGACACAAGUGUCAGUGAGUAGUAGAUGUGUUUUGGGCAAAAUGGUAAGGUAGGAAGGCAAGGAUGCCUAAUGAUGGGUUAGCAUAUUAGCAACACAGAAGAUACAGCCUUGAGGGUAUAAAUCUUUUUGUAUGAAAGUAAUACACUUAAACAAAGUAGUGAAUGUAAGUGUAAACAGGUUGCCAAACUCAGAAUUUUACCCAAGGAAAUAAAUACUAGUAAGUAGAACAGUCAGGCAAGAAUUGAGACACACAUAAAAGAAAAAAGAAAAAAUAGUUUUAUGAAAGAACAUCAGCAAAGAGUGUUCAUGAGUCAUUUUCUACUCUGUUUCCACCUCUUCUAUUUAGCAUUGCAAUGACUAAGACAUUUAGAAGAAUGGCCCAUAACUAACUAGUUUGGGUAAAAAGAAGAAUUUUUCUACAGAUGGAGAAAAACAAUCUUGUUCCUUCUUCACACAAAGUUCCAACAUGUUUGAAAUUUAGCACUGGAGAGAUUGGGAGAGCUUGAUAAUUAGACUGAGCUUGAAACGUUCCACUAAAAGAAUGAUUUGAGAGACAUCCGGGAGUACCUUCUUUUCUUCUUCAUUUAACCUCAGCAUGGACCACAUCAACUUGAUCUCUUAGUUGGACUAUACUACCUUAGAUAGAGAACUGUUUUCAAAAAGUAUGUAAAAUUAUUUCAAGUCUAAAGAUCAUGAAGAAUUUCUCUCAGGAUAAAUAAUAAUUUUUAUGAAAGUAUUGUAUUGUCAGUUCAUUUGCAACCAAAUUAGCUUGCUUAAGUAGAUAAAUCCCAAGCAAUGGGUGAAAUAAACUAGUAGACCCAUGGGUUUUUAACCCUCUAGCUAUGUCUCUCAAAUGUUUCUAAUCUCUGCUCCACUAAUAGCCCUGACCCUGCUAGGUAACAAUACUCUGGGAAAUUGAAGAUAAGAGUUUAGAGAAAAAAAUCAUAAAUAAAGGUAGAGAUUGUGGAUAAUGGGCAGUAUUGUUAACAUAAAGAAAGAAAGAAAGAAAGCUGCAUGAGUGGAGAAUAACAUUUUCUGCAGGACUGGAAGAAGAGGUCUACAGAGGUAUAGGUAUAGUCUCUAAGUUGGGAUAGGCAAUGACAUAGAUUACCAGACAAAAUCAGGUCAUGUGUCUUAUCCACUGAGUUCCAAUUAAUGUUUUUAUUUUCAUGGAUAUAUUCUCAAAAUUCCCUGAAUUUCUUUUUAGAGUUGUAUAUUUCUUUGUUUUUUCUUAAUUGACAGUUUUAUAUCUGUUUCAUUUCUUACUUGAUUACCUUGAGUUUAAUAUUGUGUGCUAUAUGGGAUGAAGAAAAAGUAUGAUGUGUUUUCUACCUUUAAAUUGCUUGCAGUCUAUUUAAAGAUGCUAACAGAGGAAACAGUCACUCACGACAAAGCACAAGAAAUAAUGGCAUGAUUCAUACUUUAGAGUUAAGAGAAUCUGGGUCUGAGGAACUAUUGGCAUUAAAGAACACUUCAAGAAGGAAAUGCAGCUUCAAAUAGGCGUUGAAGAAGGCAUUCUAUCUGCCUAAGCAAAAGAUUCAUCUCUUUACAGACAUUAACUUGGGUGGGAUACUCAUGAAAGAGGGGAAGACCUAUCCAGUCUGUCCCCCUGCCUCCCACUCUAACCAAUUCUCCAGCCACUGCCCCACUUUGCUUUCUCUGCAUCAACCAUGCACCCCCUUGAUCUUUUGUCAUUGCUGUUCCCACCACCCUGAACACUCUUCUUCUCGCAGUUGGUCACAGGUCUUCCUCCCUAACUUCUUUUUGGUUUCUUCUUAAAUAUUAAAUAAGUAUUCAUUAGAGAGGACUUUGUCGAUCAUCUUAUGAAAAUAUAGUAAAUCUCCUCCCUUCUUUCCUAUUUUCAUGGGAUUUGUCUGUCUGUCUGCCCCCAGUAAAUUGAAAGCUCUAAAGGGGCAGAGAUUUUGUUGCUACUCUAUAAACUGCUACAAGCUCACUACCCUAGAAGAGUGCCAGGCACAUGUUAGGCAUUCAAUAAAUAUGUGGCAAAGGAAGGGAAGAAAGGAGGGAGGGAGGGAAGAAUUUCAAAGUGUGGACCAAUUUCAGGUGGACUUGAAACAUUCAAGUGUUUCAAAUGCAAAUAUAUUAGAUAUAUCUUAUUAUCUAGUAAGUCAUUUUAAGGUAGACUUACUGAUCAAUUUGAAAGUUGUUUGCCUGUGAAUUCUUUGCUAGGCAAUAUUAACAUUUACCCCUGCACUCCCUUAAACAUUUAUCAGUAGCUUAAACUUUAACAACAGCCAUGGUUUUCUUUGGCAGAGCAGGGACUGUGCUCAUAUCCUAGCUUGUCAAUGGAAAGAAAAAGAAAUACAGCUGAACAAGUGAAAGAUUAGCAUGGCAACCACAUACUUAAACGGGAGCAACUGCUAUGCUGCUGCUUCUCAGGCUUAAAGAAGUAAAAGAUACUGCCCCAGGCCAUUUUCAGCUGGAAUCUUAGGAGUAUGCACACAAGCACACAAAGCUACCCUGACAUAAGCAUGAGUGAAAUAUAUUAUCUGAUGCUCAGGAACAUUUCCUUCUUCCCUCAAAAUGAAUAAUUUAUUGCUUUUCUACCUGCUGUUUCCAAGCUCACAUUAAUGAUUCAUUGAUUGGUCUCAAAAACAGAUGCUUGUAAUUAAAUCAUAGGUUCUGUAAGAUCAUUAACUGGUUCUUUAAUGGCUAAAAGAAUUAAGGAGAAACGGGGUAGUUUAAAUUCGUAGAUUCAAGAAGGAUCACAGGAAGCAUUUUCUGUACAAAUGUGACAUUGGCUGUGUUGUUUCCCUUUGUGAUAGAAAUUUCUCACCUUCUAAACUUUCAUUUGUAUGGAACUUGUUUUCGUUUUCUUAACAUCAACAGGUUUAUUAUUUAUUCCACCCACAGAAAUUCUGACUCAGAUGGCUAGUGAACUGUAGCCUUGUUACUUGUGUUCAUAUUUCUUAUUGCUCUUUGUUUUAUGUCUUAGUUUAUCCUUAUUAGAAUCUCUCAAAAAAUGAAUAAUUUUAUUGGUGAAGUAGCAUUUCAUUAUUUGUGGUAAAAAAAAAUGCUUUCUUAAUUAUACCACAUAGGUUUCAGCAUGUGCAAAGUCUUCUAAAAGUACUUUAGAUGGUAGUUGCUUUGGAGAUGUGGUAACUCUUAUUUCUAUUAAUGUUUACAUUUCUGCCUCAUUCUCAGAUGAAAUUGUUACUUAUAUUUUUAUCCACUUGAAUCUUGAAGUUAAGGUAAGCUGAAUAUGUCUAACUUUCUUUCAUACACAUUACUUUGUUCUACAGAAGAAAUUUAUAGAGUAAGGUGAAUGUGACAAACUCAAAUCAGAUUUUCUUCUAACGUCUGCCUCUGAAUCCACAAUUGGGGGUGCCUGCUACAAAACCAAGUAUGUUUCUGAAAACCUUCCCUCUCCUAUAAUUGCUGCGGGAUUCAUUCAUUCUAACCAAACACAUUCCAGGGAAUGUAUAACAAGGAUGUACAUGAACAAUACUCAAAUUCAAACAUCCAUAGAUGGUUAAAUUUUACCACUCUUUAGCUUACAAGCCAAAUCAACUGAAAAUUUCAGAAAUGUUUGUGUUAGGGAUUUGGGUUUGAGAUGUGAAACAAAUGACAUCCUUAAACAUGUUAUCCUUGGUCUUCACAGCACAUAGUACCUUGAUACAGAAUUAUUUAGUCACAGUUUGCUCAAAAACUAUUAUCAUGAAAUUAACUUUGGGAUGUAACAGCUUGUAAAAAAGAAUGUUUAAUGGCAACCAUUAGUAUGUUUAAUACGUGUGUGCUCAAUGUAGUGUCAUCUUUACUAGAUGAUUUACUUCACAAUGUUUUCAUUACUGUUCCCCAAAUGAAAAUAGGAAGUCUAUUAACUAGUUUACAACUAUUAUUUUUGGAUACUAUUACAGAGACACAGGAGCACUUUUAACUCAAACACGUAGUUUUGUGGUGGUAUGAAAUUGAGGCAGCACUGCAAUGCAAUAUUGAAAAAAUUGGAAUGCAAUAAAGAAAUGUAGAUAUCACAUGUGACUACUUCAUAUACAACCCAGACUCCUCAUUUAUUGUUUGAACACAAGGGUUAGUUUUUUAUUUUGCCAAAAGGGCAUGGUCAGGAAGUCAAUGUGAUGUCAUCUUGCUACAGGGCAGAAGUUUUAAGAAGUAAGAUAUUUUUUAAUGAUGUACUAUUGCAGGAUAGAAGUUCUCCCCCACAUGAAACUACAUAUUCACAGACUUUGUAUUGUCAAUGUGCGUCUGUUCUUACUCAUCUGGAGAGGAAAAAUAAGAUUUCCAGUUUUCUGCUGAUCCAACAUCAUUUCCCAUAGGCAGCACAAUACACCAGCACACAGUUAGCACCACUCUGGGACAAAACUGUUGAAAGGAAAGAAACAGCGAUCAUUCUGAAAACAUGUAAAGCAACACUGAUCAUAAGUAAUUUUUGUUGGGUGGGGUAAUACUAUAUAAUAUGAUUUUUUGUGUCUAAGUUUUCUCUAAAAGAUCGUUUGGGCUGGGUCCAGAAGUUCCCUAAGCAACCUUGAUUAUCAAUGUUGUCAUGCUUCAGCUUUUGGCAGUUUUGAUUCAUUACUGAUUAUCAUUAUUUAAAUAUGAAUAUUGUCCCUUCCUAUUAUGAAAAGCUAUUACAAACAUAUAUGGAUUUAUAUAAAGGUUGAUGACUAUAUGCUUUUUAUAUUAGAAAAUCAUGUGAAAACAAAAUUAAUCUGAUGAAUGCUGUUAAUUAUUUUAACUUUUUUAUUAGGUAUAAAAUGUUCAUAAAAUUAUUCUCUCUAUAACUUACCAAGAUUUAUUAGCUUGUGUAAUUUUUAUAAUCAGAGGAGUCUGGUUUUCUAAUUAAAAUUUUGUCAAAGAAAA